CCAACGGAGUCCGUCAGUACACAGUGUAAACAACUUUAAUGACGUCUCAUACUGAUUCACAAAUUACAGUUUUCUCAUAAACUCUUUACAACUCCAUCUGUCUUAUUCUCGACGAGACCCCGUUGACAGUAUUCUAUAUCUACCCCACGCUACCACACCAAGUAGCAAAGAUGCCGUACGAUCUCAAAGGUAGAAAUGUGCUUAUCACAGGUGGAUCAGCUGGUCUCGGCGAACUCCUCAGUACGACGUUUGCCAGUGAAGGCGCGAACGUCGCUAUCAAUUACUUCAACCGUAUCGAGCCGGCACAAAAAGUGCAAAAGGCAUGUGAGGCACAUGGUGUCAAAGCUAUUGUAAUCAAAGCAGAUAUGACAUCGACGGCGGAAGCAAAGCGAGCGGUUAGAGAGACAAUCGAGCAGUUUGGUGGACUGGAUAUUGUGCUCGCUAACGCAGGCUGGACGCGUUUCGCUGAAUGGAAAGAUCUCGACUCCAUGAGCGAAGAAGAGUGGGAUAAGUGCUGGAACGCAAAUGUCAAAGUACCCAAGGCAAUACUUUCUGAAGCGAGGGCUACGUUCGAUGCCAAUCCGGAUGGUGGACUUAUGAUUACUACUGGUAGCAUUGCGGGUGUCAGCCAAGGCGGAUCAAGCAUGCCAUACUCGGUUACCAAAGCAGCACAACUUCAGCUGGUCAAAUGUCUGGCAGUCACUGUUGGACCCAAGAUCCGUGUCAAUACGGUCCUCCCGGGCUUACUGCUGACUGAAUGGGGCCUCAAAUAUUCCCAGGAAAGGAUCGAACAGUUGAAGAACCUUGCAGCACUGAAGCAUGAGACAUUCCUGGAUGAUUGUGCUGCUGCGUUCGUGAUGCUGGCGAAGAAUACUAGUAUGACUGGUCAGGGAGUACAGCGAGUGGGAAUGUGCACACCAUGGCUGGAAGCCUUCCCCAACACCGCGAAACCCAUCCUCGAGGAAAUCGACGAAACCCUUAAACUCCCCCUCACCAAGACGAUAGAGUCUGGUACCAAUGCCGAACUCACACGAACCGAGAAUGCGCAGCCGGCCAUCAUGGCAACCUCGAUCCUCAUACUGCGAAUACUGGAGAAGGACUUUGGCUUCAAGACUAGUGAGCGCGUAGACAUCACAUUGGGUCAUUCACUGGGCGAGUUUGCGGCACUAGUAGCAGGCGGCUACCUCACAUUCCGGGACGCAUUAAAGAUGGUACGGAGACGAGCCGAAGUCAUGAGUAAAUGCAGUCAAGAAGCAGUUGCAGAGGAAGGCGGCGAGUUCGGCAUGGUCGCCCUAGUCUGCGAGUCCGAAGAGCACAUGCAGGCACUCAUCAACGGCAUCCAUGAAUUCCUUGCCCUGGGCUCCAAAGCAGACUCCCACGACCAUCUACCAGCCGUCCAACAAGUCUCAAUCGCAAAUCUCAACUCGAAGAACCAAAUCGUCCUCAGCGGCAGCAUCACCCGCAUCAACACCUUGCUCACGAAUUUGCGUCAAUUCGGCGGCCACGAUCCACGUCACGUACGCUUAAAAUCCGACGCGCCUUUCCACAGCCUUCUCAUGAAGCCUGCUCAAGAAACCAUGAAACGCAUACUCCACAAAGAAACUGAAGAUGGACGUGACAUCGUUACAUGGCCAGGUAUCAUGCCUUGCAUAUCGAAUGUAUCUGGCAAGCCCUUCCAGGACAAAGAGCAGCUGAAGGAUCUUCUAGCACGUAGCUGUGUAGAGACGGUACAGUGGUGGAAGAGCGUAAAGUAUCUGCACGAGCAAGAGAAGAUUAUGCGUUAUGUGGGUAUUGGUCCGGGGAAAGUGGGCAGAAACCUUGUGGGUAAAGAAGUGGGCAUGAAGGGCUCGGUCAAAGGAGGCGGUGUCUGGGGUAUUACAAGUCCGAAGGAAAUGGAGGAAGUGGUUAGGGCAUUGGAUGACACCGAGCAUGUUGAAGUGGAUUGAAAUUUCUGAAUUCACGUUUACGACGAUUCACGAUAAUGCCGCCAUGACUGGAAAGAUGGGCCGUGGUUCCUUGAGCAUAAAAAGUGUACAGAUAUACCCCAGUAUAGCGAAUUUACAGUAAUGCUGAUGGACAGACCUGAUUGAGUCGCACCAGGUCGAAUGGUCUCUCGGAUACAUAAGUGAAAGUGGUUAUGAUCAUGGGGACGCCAUGAGCAAUGGCGUACUCCUCCCCUUUUCAUCACCACCUUUGACACGCUCAAACAAACAACGGGGUGACGGGGUGAGCUGACACUAGAGAUGAACUGAAUCUCACUCCUGUCUAUCGAAGCAUUCUCAUUCCUGACUAACCACCAACUCUAUCUAUUCAAACUCAACAACUCCUCAACAUACC